AUGGCGGGGGUGGGAGCCAGGGGGAGAAAGACGGGACUCCCGGGGUUCUGUUGGAAAACAUGCUAUUUCCACAUUCUCUUCUGGGUCGUGUCUGUUUGUGGAGAAGAGAGGACCUUCAUUGUUGAGACAUGGCUGAAGAACUAUGGCUACCUGCUCCCUCAUGACAUCCGGACAUCGGACCUGCGAUCGGAGAAAGCCAUGCAGUCGGCGGUCGCUGCCAUGCAGCGGUUUUAUGGUAUUCCAGUGACGGGAGUGCUUGAUCAGACCACCAUCGAGUGGAUGAGAAAACCUCGGUGUGGAGUCCCAGAUCACCCUCACAUCAGCCGACGGAGGAGAAAUAAACGCUACGCCCUCACUGGUCAGAAAUGGAGGGAGAAAAAGAUCACAUACAGCAUACAUAAUUUCACCCCCAAGGUGGGCGAGAAAGACACCCAGAAGGCCAUUCGCCAGGCCUUCGACGUCUGGCAGACAGUGACCCCGCUGACCUUUCAGGAAGUGGCCUACUCUGAGAUCAAGAACGAGGGUAAAGAGGCGGACAUCAUGAUCUUCUUUGCCUCCGGUUUCCAUGGUGACAGUUCUCCUUUUGAUGGAGAGGGAGGUUUUUUAGCUCACGCAUAUUUUCCCGGUCCUGGAAUUGGCGGAGACACACACUUCGACUCUGAUGAGCCCUGGACGUUAGGAAAUGCCAAUCACGAUGGCAAUGACCUUUUCCUGGUGGCUGUACAUGAGUUGGGACACGCAUUGGGUCUGGAACAUUCCAACGACCCCAGUGCCAUCAUGGCCCCCUUCUACCAGUACAUGGACACGCACAACUUCAAACUGCCUCUAGAUGACCUUCAGGGGAUCCAGAAAAUCUACGGUAUACCCACAGCCAUGCUGGAGCCCACCCGACCUCUUCCUACUCUACCUGCACGACGCACACACCCCACCUCUGAGAGGAAACAUGACCGGCAUCGCCCCGCUCGCCCACCCUCUGGAGAUCGGCCGUCCUCUCCCGGACAUGGAAAACCCAAUAUCUGUGAUGGCAACUUCAACACUGUGGCCUUCUUUCGACGGGAGAUGUUUGUUUUUAAGGAUCGCUGGUUCUGGCGUUUGCGCAGCAACAAAGUUCAGGAAGGCUAUCCCAUGUUGAUAGAGCAGUUCUGGAAGGGUCUACCUCCUCGCAUUGACGCUGCUUACGAGAGAUCAGAUGGAAAAUUUGUGUUCUUCAAAGGGGAUAAAUACUGGGUCUUCAAGGAGGUUACAGCAGAGCCCGGGUAUCCUCACAGCCUGGUAGAGCUGGGCAACUGUCUGCCCCGCGAUGGCAUCGACACAGCCUUACGCUGGGAACCUGUGGGCAAAACCUACUUCUUCAAGGGCGACCAGUACUGGCGUUACAAUGAGGAGAAGCGUACGGCUGACCCAGGCUAUCCCAAACCCAUCAGCGUCUGGAAGGGCAUCCCUGAUGCACCGCAAGGAGCCUUCAUCAGUCGAGAAGGAUUUUAUACCUACUUUUACAAAGGAAAGGAUUAUUGGAAGUUCGAUAACCAGAAGUUAACGGUGGAGCCAGGCUACCCAAAAUCAAUCCUCAAAGACUGGAUGGGCUGCGAUCAGUCUGAAGUAGAAAAGAACAAGGACCGUCACCUCCCUCACGAUGACGUCGACAUCAUGGUUGCCAUUAAUGACGUACCCAGCACUGUAAACGCAAUCGCUGUGGUCAUCCCAUGCAUCCUCUCACUGUGCAUUCUGGUCCUUGUAUAUACUAUCUUCCAGUUCAAGAACAAAAACGUCCAACAGCACGUGACCUACUACAAACACCCCGUGCAGGAGUGGGUAUGACGG